AUGCACCUGAUAAGUUUUGGUUAUGAUCGUGACGUGUUCAACAGACGAGGUCCACGAGUACGCCUAAGUCGAUCCCGUUCUCGGUCACCUGGUCGGCACAGAAAUCGAGCUCUCGAUAGUGGUGAUGGCUGCUUUGGCGCUGACCGACCGAUAGAGGGUCGCUGGCGGCAUGACAAGUUCGAAGAACUUGAGCAUUCAGCGGGAGACGAAGAAGAAAAUUCGGGAGACGAGGAAAGUAGGACCCGAGCCUUGAAUGAUCUUGAUCGCAGUUCCCAGUCAACUAGACCUCGCAAACUCGAAGAGCACAAUUCAUCCACUAGCGAAAGAAAGCCACGGGGUGCUCGGACCGGCUCAAUGGCGCGCGGAGACUUCAGCCGUGACCAUAACCAGUCCCUGGUCCUUGAUCCAGAUGAUAAAAGUACUAUUCGAGACAACCAACGCUCUCUGGGAAUCCAUGAGGAGUGUCCUUAUAGCACUCGAGACAAACGCCGAAGGCCCUCGAGAGGGCGUCGUUCUCCUUCAAAGUCGACCUCGCCAAAUGCUCAGACCACGGACACCGGCCGAAAGACCAUUCGACAGAAGGCAGUAGAAAGACUUGCGGACGAAGGGACGCUAAUGCAAAUGGCCAAACACUCAGAAUCUGAGUUGGCCCACAAUGUCUAG